CGCCGCCGCCGCCAUCGCAGCCUGGCGGCCGGGCCCCGCCGCGGGGAUGCCGAGGAGCCGGGGCGGCCGCGCCGCGCGGGGGCCGCAGCCGCCGGGCCGGGCUCCGCGCUGGAGCCGCUGGCGGGCCCCCGGGCGGCUGCUGCUGCUGCUGCCCGCGCUCUGCUGCCUCCCGGGCGCCGCGCGGGCGGCGGCGGCGGCGGCGGCGGCGGCGGGGGCCGGGGACCGGGCGGCGGCGGCGGCUGCGCGGGCGGCCAAGGCGGAGGCGCCCUUCGCCGGGCAGAACUGGUUAAAGUCAUAUGGCUAUCUGCUUCCCUAUGAUUCACGGGCAUCUGCGUUGCACUCAGGGAAGGCCUUACAGUCAGCAGUCUCCACUAUGCAGCAGUUUUACGGGAUCCCAGUCACCGGUGUGUUGGAUCAGACAACAAUCGAGUGGAUGAAGAAACCCCGAUGUGGGGUCCCUGACCACCCCCACUUGAGCCGUAGGAGGAGACACAAGCGUUAUGCCCUGACUGGACAGAAGUGGAGGCAAAAACACAUCACCUACAGCAUUCACAACUACACCCCGAAGGUGGGUGAGCUAGACACACGGAAAGCUAUUCGCCAGGCUUUUGAUGUGUGGCAGAAGGUGACCCCGCUGACCUUUGAAGAGGUGCCAUACCAUGAGAUCAAAAGUGACCGGAAGGAGGCAGACAUCAUGAUCUUCUUUGCUUCUGGCUUCCAUGGCGACAGCUCCCCAUUUGAUGGAGAAGGGGGAUUCUUGGCCCAUGCCUACUUCCCUGGCCCAGGGAUUGGAGGAGACACUCACUUUGACUCAGAUGAGCCGUGGACGCUAGGAAAUGCCAACCAUGAUGGGAAUGACCUUUUCCUGGUGGCUGUGCAUGAGCUGGGCCAUGCACUGGGACUGGAGCACUCCAACGACCCCAGCGCCAUCAUGGCACCCUUCUACCAGUACAUGGAGACGCACAACUUCAAGCUGCCUCAGGAUGAUCUCCAGGGCAUCCAGAAGAUCUACGGACCCCCAGCUGAGCCCCUGGAGCCCACAAGGCCCCUCCCCACACUCCCCGUCCGCAGGAUCCACUCACCGUCUGAGAGGAAGCAUGAGCGCCAGCCCAGGCCCCCUCGGCCACCCCUCGGGGACCGGCCAUCCACACCAGGCACCAAACCCAACAUCUGUGAUGGCAACUUCAACACAGUGGCCCUCUUCCGGGGCGAGAUGUUUGUGUUUAAGGAUCGCUGGUUCUGGCGUCUGCGCAAUAACCGGGUGCAGGAGGGCUACCCUAUGCAGAUUGAGCAGUUCUGGAAGGGCCUGCCUGCCCGCAUAGACGCAGCCUACGAAAGGGCUGAUGGAAGAUUUGUCUUCUUCAAAGGUGACAAAUACUGGGUGUUUAAGGAGGUGACGGUGGAGCCUGGGUACCCGCACAGCCUGGGGGAGCUGGGCAGCUGUCUGCCCCGAGAAGGCAUUGACACGGCUCUGCGCUGGGAACCUGUGGGCAAGACCUACUUUUUCAAAGGCGAGCGAUACUGGCGCUACAGUGAGGAGCGGCGGGCCACGGACCCUGGCUAUCCCAAGCCCAUCACCGUGUGGAAAGGCAUCCCACAGGCUCCCCAAGGGGCCUUCAUCAGCAAGGAAGGAUAUUACACCUACUUCUACAAGGGCCGGGACUACUGGAAGUUUGACAACCAGAAACUGAGCGUGGAGCCAGGCUACCCACGUAAUAUCCUGCGUGACUGGAUGGGCUGCAACCAGAAGGAGGUGGAGCGGCGCAAGGAGCGGCGGCUGCCCCAGGACGACGUGGACAUCAUGGUGACCAUCAACGACGUGCCGGGCUCUGUGAAUGCCGUGGCUGUGGUCAUCCCCUGCAUCCUGUCCCUCUGCAUCCUGGUGCUGGUCUACACCAUCUUCCAGUUCAAGAACAAGGCAGGCCCUCAGCCUGUCACCUACUAUAAGCGGCCAGUCCAGGAGUGGGUAUGAGCAGCCCAGAGCCCUCUCUGUUCACUCGGUCUGGCCAGCCAGGCCCUUCCUCACCAGGGUCUGAGGGGCAGCUCUGGCCACUGCCCACUGGGGGCAGCAGGGCCCUAGGCCAGGGGUUGUGCAGCUGAAGUGGUGGGUGUAUUGGCCUAGGCUGAGCAUGGGGCAGGGAGUGAUGGCGGCUGUGCCCCAGGGUGGGUGUCUGGCACCCAGCUGCCAGCCUUCUGUCCUGGGUAAACUGUCCCCGACUCAAGGGAAUAGGCUAGGCCCCAUCAGGAGGCAGGGACCAUGCCAGGAGGAGGCCUUGUGGUCACUGCAUCCUGUGGUGUCCAUGAGGCACCACAACUCUGUUCCUGGCUGGACCCAGCACCUUCUGUGGGAAGCCAGCACUAGCGCUCUCAGCCCAUCUGGGAGAUGCCACCAGUCCUGGUUCCCCCUUGCCAACACCUGCUGGUCAGAUGUCCCCCAACCCCCACCCCACUGUCCUCCAAGGCUAUAGCACCCCUGCUGCCAAAAUGGUGGGCAACAAGUCUAGGUUUCCCUUGCUGGCAUACAGCAGAUCCCUCAGGAAACCUGCUCCACACAUCGGGGUCUCCUCUGAGACCCAGGAUUUAGGGUCACAUGCUGCAGGCAGGGCUGUGGCCCAGCUGAGUCUGACAAGGACCCAGCUGUCACAUCGUGAAUAUUUAUGUCCUGUCACUACUGUUUAAAGUCCCAUUCUGCAAAGGCUGCUUGAGGCUUUAGAUGAAUUAUAGGUGACUGUCUUGGUGAUGAGGCCAGUGAGGCCGGCCCUCCUUCAGGUGAAAAGGACCAAGGUGCUGCUAAGGCCACUCUAGCGCCCAGACCCCCCCAGGAGCUGAGCCCUGCUCAUGAGGCUAAAGGGCUGGGGCAGCCCUUCCCACUUCUGGAAGCCAAUCUGAGUUUGUGACCAUCCUCCACUCCCCCCUCCCAUUAUCCCUGUCUCUCUUCCCAUUCCCCCAGUCCCCAGCCCUGCACCAGCCUAUUGCUUGUGGCCUGGGCACUCAGUCUGACUAGUUAGGUGAGGUAGAAAUGGCUCCAGGCCAACAUUCUCAUAGCCUUGGGGUAAGGGACCGAAGGGAGCCUUCUGAAGUACUGAGAGCCCACAGCUCUAGCUACCCUGAGGCCUACUCAAUCUCUCAGCCUGGAAGCCGUGUUUAUACCACAAGUUUGGUCCUUGCUGACCCAGCUCACUGGUCCCAUCUUCCUGCAUUGCUUUUGGGAAAAGGGCACCCCCAGCUGGUAGCAGCCCCAAGCCUAAAGGUCUCUCUUUUUGACCCUUCUUGGGACGACCCUUCACUGUCUCUGGCAGGAAUUCCUAGGGCUCAGGUUGCCUCACUCCAACCCAGUGGAGGUAGCCCUGCUGGUUACUGAGAAGCCCUAGGCAAGAACAAUGGGUUCAGUGAUGCCCACUGGCUCUCUGCCAAAGCCAAAAGGAAGUAUCAGUCUCCAGGGUGCUGGCAGGGCCUCAGAUGCCACCUUGGCCCUCUGAGCCUGCAUGGGCCUUGCCCCCAGUGACCUCUGGGCUUUAGGUCAGCUUAACCUAUAGCAGACAGGGACUCCUGCUGCUCAGGGAGCUAUCUCAAGAAAAAUCUCUCUUGUCCCAGAGGCACCUAUGUGGGUUCACUGUAUUCCCUGUCAUCAUCCUUCUGUUUUUUCUCAUUUUGACCAAGGGCGGGCUCCCUGGGGUGGGUGGGGAACAACUGCGGAGAUAUUAGUGAUUCAUAGGUUUGUACAGUGUUUUAUACUUCGCAAAGCACUUUAUUAGCUCACACCUGUCCACUCACAUCAAACUCGUGUAGGCCCUGGGAGGCCGAGGGUAACUCUCACCGUGCCCUCAAAUGAAGCACAGAGAGGUUGUUACUUGCCCAGGCCAUCCAGUGGGCUGAGUGGUCCUUGGGUCCCCACCUGUGGACCCCUUUAGGGUCCAAGAUGAGAUCAGAAGUGUCUCUUUUAUCCAUCUUUUCCUGGCCUCCCUUCUCCCCUUCCUGGUCCCUCUCCACUCCUCAGGUUGGUGCUCUCACUUCUAGGCCCCCCAGGCUCCCCGUUGGCUCCUGAUACUACUGAGGCCAGCUGAGAAAGAGCAGGAGAUGGAGGCAGGCAGCCCAGGCUGCAGAUGUGAGGGAUGCAGGGCCAGGCCCAGAGAGGGCCCAGCUUGGAGGCUUCCACUCAGAUUCUCCUGCCUUGUGGUCAUCUGUUUGUCCAUCACCCCAGGACAGGGCAGUCAGUCAGAGGGGCAAAGCAUUGGGGGCCCCAGAGCCCAGCUUCCCCUCGGCCUGGGGAACAUCACAGCAUUUCAGUGUCCGUCACAUUUUAAACUGAUCAGCCUUUGUAAAAUGUUUUUUAAAUCAUUUCUAAAUAAAACAAAAAUACAGA